AUGGCGGAAGAGGAGAGUGAGCUGGAGUUAGAUAGGUUCAAAGAAGAAUUGGAGAGUUUGUUUGACAGUAACGCAAGCGAUGAGCACGGACUCCAAAGCAAGUCCUAUUGUGCAAGAUUCUGUGAGCUGGUUGAGGAGCACACAAGUCGGUGGCAGGUCCCUCUUCCCCAGCUACAGGUGUUGCAGAAGGCCUUGUGUUCUUUCGUCCGUGGUGCCGCCCUGUUUCCCUCUGACUGUGAGCACGUGCGCUACACCUUGAGUAGCCUUGCCCUGAGCAUAUUUGAAUUGCUGCUGUUUUUUGGUAAAGAUGAGUUUCCUGAGAACCCUUUAAAAGAUAUCUUGGACUCAUUUCAGGACUGUCACUCCAGUCUUGUAAGACACCAGAAUGUGUACCUGCUGCAACUAAGACAGAUCAUCAAAGAUGGUGGGCCAUGGGCAAAUUCUGUACUCCAGGGUAUUCUUCAGGAAUGGGAGCAGCCAAGGGAGGAAGUGGAUAGAUACCUGAACUCAGAAGUGUCAGUGUUCUUUGAGCUGCGAGUGCGUUACCUGCUGGCCUGCGAGCGCAUCAGAGAAGCCAUGGCACUCGCCAAAAGCUGCAGUCAACAUCCCACUGCCGGCAGGCACCUGUUCUUCAUGCAGGCCUACCUCACCUGUCUCUGGAAAGCGUCUCACCAUGAGCGCUUGCACAAGGAGAUGGCAGAGAUUGAUGGGAAAGAUGCUGUAGAGAUUCUCUGUAUGGCAGAAAAUGAGGAGAAGGAAGAGCUGCUCUUGGAUUUGUGUAAAGGCUUUCUCUCUCAGCAACUCAUCAGUGGAGACAUGUAUUACUUAUGGGAUUUAGUCUUCCUAUGGAGCAAACUUUAUCUCCGGGUGAACUCUUCCAAACAGGGCUUACUGGAGGAAUGCAAACAGAUGAUUAUGUUGGCCACCAACAUCAAAGCAAUCUUUCCAUACAUGAAAGUGAUUUUGUCAGAGUUGGGGAAAGAUGGACUGAGGUUUUGUGUGGAACUCUGUGCACGUGCCCUGCAAACGGACCUCAAAAACGAUCCAGUUACCAAAUCACUCAUUUAUAAGACCAUCGCGUACUUGCUCCCUAACGAUCUAGAGGUGUGCAGAAUCUGUGCCCUACUGGUCUUCUUCCUGGAGCGAACAGUUGAGUCUUACAAGACUGUAUUCCUCUUGUACACCCACCCUGACCAGGAGUAUCAUGGAGACUCCUGCUCUGUUGGGAACAGUGUUCGAUUUGAGGUUCUCCAGAUCUUAAAAAAGGGCCUUUGCUUUGACCCAGAAUUUUGGAACCUUUUUAAUAUCAAGACUAAUUGUCUGAAACUGAUGAGUGACAAGGUGGCCAAAGCUACCUUACUUGAAAUAAUGGAAGACGACAAGUGGGUGCCUAAUAACUGUAUAAAAGGACCGUGCAGGUGCUGGACAGACUUGCCUGAAAUUCACUCAAAUCUGGUGCCAGCAGAUCCAAACAGAGCUGAGAAGAGACCCAGGACGGUGGUUAAACAGGUCCAGACUCCCUCAGCAGAAGUGUCCUCCAGCGUACCUCCAGUGAAGAGAAGGGGAAGGAAGCCAGGAACACGGCUUGUAAAGGUCUCAGAUGCCCACCCUGUUCGACGGUCUUUCAGACAGUUGGACAUGGAGCAAGAGAACAGAGCCAGGCAACUGAACAACCGGCAUCACCGGCUCCUCACCAGGCAGGUUGAGGGGAAGACGUUGAAACGACGGGGCAGGAAACCUCGCUGGCUGCUGGAGGAGGCCGCCGCACAGGCGGAAAACAGCGUUCCCCGGCGAGGAAGAAAACCAGGGAGAAAACCCAAGAAGCCCGCUGAGGAGAUAAGAACUUAUGAACGAUCUUCUGUGGAUAAGACAAAGCAAAAGGACUCAGGGAAAGAUAUUUCAUCUGGGAAAGAGACUGUCCCUCCUAAAGAGGAAACGUUACCAGCUGAAGCACAGGCUUCUGACGCUCUCUGCGCUCAAGUGCCAGACACAAUGUUGGAAUUCUGUCUACCUGAGAACGAAGUGAUUUUAACAGAUACCGAGACUUCGCCUGUCUCUGCCAUGGACUCCAUUGACAAGACUAAGAUGCCACAGCACAAGACAUCUUUGCAGCUUUGUGAGAAGACCUCAGCACUGUCAGAGGCAGUAUCUUCUUCGACACCUAGGGUUACUGCAAAGGACAGGGAGGUGGUGAUCCUUCAUGUAGAAGAUAACGCAAGAGUCAUUAGGCAGUUUCAUUCUUACUCCAAAAGCUUUGAAGUGGAAGGGAUUGGGGCUGACACUCAGGCUUGCGACAUGGAUGAUAUGGAGACCUCUCCUGUGACGGUACAGGAAAGACCCAUGGAGGACGCUAAGCUGCUUCAUGAAUCUACUGAGACGCACUUUGAGCCAGAGAUAGUCGAGACAGUGGUCGAAAUUGAAGUGGCUACACAUAUUCCAGCUGAAACAACAGAGUCCCCUGCCCCAGAGGAGGGCGCUGUAGAAUCAACUGACACUUCUACAUCUGGUGGAUCAGAAGAAGCUGGGGGAGAACUUACUGCAUCUGUGGAGAACGGCGUUGUAAUAUGCGAAGAUGGCGUCGCUGAUGAUUGUAAUGUUGAUUCUUCCAAAGACAUCUCCCUUGAUCCUACAAAUGAUGAGGUUGUUGAACCUCAAACACCUGAGGUUCUUCAAAACACUCCUGCCGUCACGGAGGGGAAGCCAUGUUCUCCCGAUAGCACGCCAGAUAUCUUUAGCGCUGCUGAGACUACUGUCUCUGGUCUUGCUGAACAAGAACAUAGAAAAGAGCCAGUGGUUCCCCAGACUACUGAGGAAGUAUCUCAGAGUAAACCUGAGCCCAAAACCACGGCCUCCGACUCCGUUCCUCAAAACUCUGAGAAACGCCGCAUUGUGCACUGCUGUCGCCUCUGCAAUAAAGUACUGAGAAUAAAACACCUGAUGCGACAUGCGUUAAUACAUGCUAGACUUAAAAGAAAAUGCAUCUUUUGCAAGAACUCUCCGGGUAGUCAUCCAGUGACGCACAUAUCUGAACAUUUGAACAGACUGAAACAGGGAAAAGAACCCGGUGUGGUUGAACCCUUAAAAACUAGAAUAACUGACUUUUCUAAGCGGUAUAGUGAGAGAUUAAAAAUUAAGCCACAGGUCACGCACGGUUCCGAAGUUAGCAGGAAAGUGUUGGAGAAAAAUGAAAGGUUUUCUAAAAGAACGAACGGAGUCAUCAAGAAUCGACGACAGAUUAAUAAAAUGGAGGUGGAGCCUUCAUCUGAUGGAAAAACACAGAGAAAAGACAAACAGGGAAACCGAAUUGAGGUGCAGAGGGUAAAAACUGAACCUGAAGAGCAUAUGAAGGAGGAAGAAAAGGUGAUGAACGGAGCAACCUCUGAGGAAAACGCUAGCCUGACACGACAGGAAGAAAAAGCUAGUGUUGAUCACAAAGAAAAAACUGCUUCAAAUCAAAUAAGGAGAACCGAGGCUUGUCAGAAAGAGAGGACGGUAACGAACAAGAAGAGGAGUCUUACGAGCGAGCCUAACAAGCCAUCUCAUUGGGAGCACAAAAAGAAAGCUGUCGUGGAAAAGAGACUUGCUGUCGAAUCCGAACAGAAAAAUGGUACCGACGUGGAACAGAAAGAGAAGACCGACAUGGAAAAGGAAAAAAGAGCUGCGUCCGUGGAAGAGAAAAGAUGUUUCGUUGUGGGGUGCAUGGUGAACAUCUCUGGGCGAUUUUGUAUAGUGUCGCACGUGCUUAAUGACCACCCCGGUGACGGAGACGCGUUGGAAGGUCUUUACAAUCACGCAAAGCAAAGAUGUUUGCCAUGUGCUAGAAAAUUCUCAACACUACAGCACUUCUUGUUCCACGUCGGAUGUCACAAAGGCAACCCCAAGCACCCGUGCCCCCAUAAAGGCUGCAAACAAAGGUUCAAAACGUUAGCCGACACCCGAGAACACAUGAAAAGUCACCACCCACUGGUAGCAGCUUGCACUUUUCCUGGUUGUUCACAAGAGUAUGAUAACCUACACUGCCUGCAUAAACAUGAAAAGAGUCAUUACAGACCUUCCAGAACAGCGAUGAACAGCAAACCAAAAUGUGACAGGAAGGGUGGCGAAAGAGAGGUCCGCGCGGUCCCGUCGAAAGAAAGAGACGGCGAAAGAGUAGAGCUGAGUGCGAACGAGCCUAAGGCCAACCAUCCAGACAGGCAAACCUCAGAGGGCUCGGACGCGCAGAGGCUAGGAACAGAAAAUACAGCGCGUGUGAAACAAGAUGGAGGAAAACCCCCGAAUGAAAAGCAUUCGGAUUCACACAAAAGCAGCAAGUCUGAGCGGAAACUCGUUAAUGGGCAUAGCGAUGGCCAAGUGACCCCAUCCAAAGGGAGCACAAAAGAGGACGACAGAGUGGGUUAUGGGAAGAGACCCAGCAGGCCGUACAUCCGACCUCCACCCACAGACUACCUGGACGAGCGUUACAUCAGUAUGCCAAAACGCAGGAAGGAGUCUCCAAUCAGCUCCAACCACUCCACCGUCAACCACCAUAGCACUGACGGCCCCCCUAAGAGACAACGCUGUUCUCGAUGCUUCUCCUCCUUCAACAGCGCAGAGGAACUAGAAACACACCGCUCUACCAAGAAGUGCACAUCCCUCUUUGACUUUGACUCAGACGAUGAAAGUGCCUGCUGAAACAGAGUACGAGGCUUAGAUCAGUUUGAUGGAUGCCCAGGUUUUAACUGGAAGCACUCCUCAUAGCUGUCGCCGAAAGCUGCAAAGACCCUUUUGAAGUCGUGCGAUAUAUUUAUUAACUGAAAGGAACGUAUGUCAUGGCUUUGAAAGGAGUACACAAGUGUGUAUUUAAUCCUCAGUAACCUGUUAAAGGUUAAACACUUAACAUGCACGUGCCCCUCCCCCAAAGUCUUUUUUUCAUCAAAACACAGAAUUCCUAGCAUCUGGCUGAAGUACAUCGAUGCAAAUCAGGCAUGUUUUAUCCUUCUUUGACUAAUUUAAGUGCCUGGACCCUAUUGAUUCAACAUUGUGCAGUCAGUCGGAUGAUCCCAAGGAUGUGUGGUGGUUUGCGAAAGCAGAAGUGAUUGACUCUACCAAUAUUUUUUAAACAAAAAGAAAGAUUAAC